UUCUCUCAUCUUUUGUCUGCAUUUUUUUUUUUCUUUUUCUUCUUGUUCUCUCUUCGUUCUUUCGUUCUUUUGUUUACAUUCUGGACAUGUCACAAAGUAGUGGAGUCCAGGUCAAUAAUACAUGCUACUGUGCAAGAAUGGCAAUAAUGAAGACAUCUUGGACCGAUUUGAAUCCAGGGAGGAGAUUCGCUAUAUGUCCCAAAUAUAAGCAAAUUGGGGGUUGCAAAUACUAUGUGUGGAUUGACCCUCCAAUGUGUGACCGAUCUCGUAACAUAAUUCCUGGUUUACUUAGGAACAUCAACAAGUACGAAGAUGAGUUGAAGAAGUAUGGAGUUGAGUUGAAGAAGUGUGAAGAUGAGUUGAAGAAGUGUGAAGAUGAUUUGAAAAAGUGUGAAGAACAACUCAUUAAGAAGGGUGCAAGGGAAAAAUGGUUGUGGAUUGCCUUGACAAUUGCAAUGUUUUUAGUGUAUCUGCUUGUUUAG